UGAGGCAAGCACUCUAACGGAUUGAGCCACGGCUCUAGCUCCAGUGCCAAGAGCUUGUGAGGUUGUCACCCCUGUGCUUCUCUUCCACACAAGGUUCCCAGGUGCUCAGAGAGCAACUCCUCGGGUGCUCGGUACAUCAGGAUGUAGACCCAGUCUCUGACCCCAGGCCCUCAGCAUCCAUCUCAUCUGCUGAUUUUCAUUCUAGGAUCUUGUGCUGAAAGACAUUUCCAAAGUGCCUUUUGUCAGCUCCAACUCUGACCUACGCAGCCUGGGAGGGGAGCCACUAUUGGCUUGUGGAAGGUGGCCUGAACCAGCUCAGGUGUUCCUUUGAUUCUGGGGCCUGCAGUGAACUUGAUUCCAUGGCGCACCGGCUGCAGCUGCGUCUACUGACGUGGGAUGUGAUGGAUACCCUGAUCAAGCUCCGCUGCUCUGUUGGGGAGGAAUAUGCCAGCAAGGCCCGGGCCCAUGGGGUGGUCGUGGAAGCCACGGCCCUGGAACAAGCCUUCAGGCAGGUAUACAGGGCUCAGAACCACAGAUUUCCCAACUAUGGCCUGAGCCAUGGCCUUACCUCCCGUCAAUGGUGGAUGGACUUGGUCCUACACACCUUCCACCGAGCAGGCGUCCCAGAUGCCCAGGCCGUAGCUCCGGUGGCUCACCAGCUAUACGAAGACUACAGCAGUCCUUGCACCUGGAAGGUGUUGGAAGGGGCUGAGACUACCCUGAAGGGGUGCCGUAAGCGGGGUCUGAUGCUGGCGGUGGUCUCCAACUUUGACCGACGGCUGGAGGAUAUUCUAGCAGGCCUUGGCCUGAGAGAGCAUUUUGAUCUUAUUUUGACUUCUGAGGCUGUGGGCUGUCCUAAACCAGACCCACGGAUUUUCCGUGAGGUCUUGCGGCGCACUCGUGUAGAGCCUGCGAUGGCAGUUCACGUUGGGGAUAGUUACCUCUGUGAUUACCAGGGGGCUCGGGCUGUGGGCAUGCACAGCUUCCUGGUGGUAGGCCCAGAGCCUCUGGACCCCUCACUCAGAGAUUCUGUACCUAAAGAACAUAUUCUGCCUUCCCUAUCCCAUCUCCUGCCUGCCCUUGACCUUCUGGAGGCCUCAAGCCCUAUGUCAUGAGUUGGGUGAGGGAAGUAGCUGGGACUGAAUAAACAGUGGAGGCAGGGAGUCCCUUCUUCCUCCCCUCUCCCGCGGAGGCAGGUGUCUUGGGCCCUCCCUCUGCAGCCUCCGUAACCUAUUCUGAUCAUAGAACAGCGAGGGCUUGGCAGUCGCCUGGUCUCUGAGCUCAUGCAUUCAUUCAUACAUGUGUCUCUUUUUAUUUAUGAUU